AUGCAGGUGAAAGUGAUCAUUGAGAAUGCCGCUUCGGCCAAUGAAUAUCGCCGACUAAGAAUAGACGGAAUGAUGAGUCUCAGAUGUAGCAACGGAUAUACCAGUUCCGUGACUUUCCGAAGAGAUCGACAAACUGAAGUGACCGGCUCGAUUAUCGAUAAUCGUGGCACACUGGCUGUGAACCUUAUUGGCCAUUAUGACCGCUAUUUACAAAAGUUAGUGUGCUGA